AUGGUGGACAGCGUUGAUGUUAAUUUCCGGCUUUUGAGCGGCAAACAGGUUACGCUGUCGCUGCCGAGCGGCACGCCUAUCUCUGAUGUGAAGGCGUUAAUUGCAGCGCAAUGCGAUAUUGCCCCGGAGAACCAGAGGCUGAUAUACAGAGGACAGCAGCUCUUGGAUAGCAGCACGGUCGGAUCGUGCAACCUUGAAUCCGGAGCUACGGUCCACGUCGUCGGCAAUGUGGCUGCUCCAUCAAGUAGCCAACAACAACAGAGCCCGCAAGGCAACAGCAGGCCAUCUAAGUUCAGCGAGGCCAUGGCCUCGUCGAUGAGCUCGCUCAUGCGGGAGUUCAUGGCGCCGCAAGGUGGCGACGGUGCGGCGCGCAAUCCUUUCUCUGCUUUGAGCGCAGUUUUGGGCAAUGCCGCAUCACGCCAGGGUAAUGACCAGGGAGGAGACACUUCGCGUGGUUCUGCGGCGGCCGACCAACUGUUGCAACACGGCAUGAAACUUGCUCAGAAGCUUACUGAAUCUAACAGCGAGUUCGGCGACAUCGCUUCCAAGCUCCUAAGUGGCAUGAUGGGUGGUAUGAUGAAACCCGAUGGACACCGACCAGGUGAGUCGUCUGGCGCGGGUGCAAACAGUACCAGUUCAUCUAGCCGUGCGGCGGACGCAGCAGUGCACCAAACUGCCGCAAAGACCAGUGAGAGUGAGGAGGAUGCGAGUGCGACACAAUAUUCAGCCGUUGCUGCCGUUUCGAGCGCAAAGGGAGCUAUCGAUGCAGUGUAUGAUUUGAUGCAACGUGCGCCAGAUUCCUCUAGUGAUGGCAGCGCGAAUAUGCAUGCCCCGUCGGAAAGGAAAUCUCUGAUGAAUUUGGAAACCGACCUUGCUUUGUCAAGGACACCUAAUGGCCUGUUCUUGGAGGAUACCCACGGCCUGAACUCUAACCUGCCAUGGACGUUUUUGCAGCUCCUCGAAAAAGAGGUAGCCCAGGUUAAAGGCACUGGCGCCCCUAAACGUGAAAUUGGAAAUGCAGCUGACUUCAUGGCACGUUACCGCGAAGUCGUUGCACGCGCUGCUGAAAUCACGAGCGACCUGGCGGAUUGGUCCACGUGCUCCCGCACAAUGGAUGCCAACCGCUUCUCUCGGAUCUCUUCAAUAUGCUCACUUCAAGCUGCGUUACAGAGCGAGAUGUCGCUUAUUGCCACCACAUUGCGCAACAAGGUUUUGAAGAUGGAUAAGUCCUCCAGCGGUGCAAGCCAGGCCUCUGCCAGCGUCCAGCACUCGCAACCGGUUUCUGCCGCAGCGGAUUCCACGACCUCAACUACGGCUCACCCAGGUGUUAGGAAGACCGAUACAGAGAAUCAGGCUCCAGCGGCCUCUGCUGUAACUGCAACGCAGCACCACACCCACCACCACUCGUCGGGAGGCUCUGCAACGUCGUGCUGUGCACACAACUCCGGUGAAAGCCAUAGACAUCAUGGGCAGAGUCCCAAUUUCGGCGACAUGUUCUCCAGCUUGGGGCGCAUUGCGGAGUCUGCGUUGAAGCAGAUGCAACGCCCUCAACGCACUACCGUCGUGGACACAUCCAGCAACGAGGAAGACAUGCUGGUGGACACGACAUGGCUCCGUCGCCAGUUCAACCAGUACCGCAACAGCACCGGUUUCCAGUCGCGCAUGGAGGACCUUGUGCGCAAGACCAAAAAGUUCGGCGCCGCCUACUGUACCGGUACAGGUAGAAAGCGACCCGGGAAUUCCAAUACUAUUUAG